CUCUCCACAUAGUCAGACAGACGACGGGAGCGCGAGCCGGAGGCCGGACGGUUGGUUGGGAGAAGUUUGGCUCCUAACAGUGAAUAUUGUUUAAGUUUAGUAAGUUUUAUCGCUGGUUGUUUUAGUUUAAAUGCUGGUUUAGAGUGAGCGGUGAUGAAGCCGGCUAUUACAGCAGAGCAGAUAACCAAGUGGUUCACUAUCGGAGCUCAGUUUGCUAAUGUGAGAAUCACUGAUGAACCGAAGAAAGAGAGCAGAGCUGAUUCAGUCAGCGAGGGAAAGGGGCCUGAUCAGAGCAGUCCGCUGAAGGACCAGGGAGGACCGAGGAACCGGAGGGCUGAACUACCCACAGGUCUAGGAAGUCCUCCUCCACCUCUGGCCAGCUACCAAUAUCCAGCCUUGCCCAUCACCAAGAACAGACAGGAGCUGAUCUCUCUGAUAGAGAAUAACUCAGUGGUGAUAAUCCGUGGUGCAACAGGCAGUGGUAAAACAACGCAGCUGCCUCAGUUUAUUUUGGAUUAUUAUAAUGAGAAGAAUGCCUGCUGUAACCUGGUGGUCACUCAGCCCAGAAAGAUCGGAGCCUCCAGCAUUGCACGCUGGGUUGCACGUGAACGCAAAUGCACGCUGGGAAGCCUGGUGGGGUAUCAGGUCGGUUUGGAGAAGAUGGCGACAGAACACACCCGCCUUAUCUACAUGACCACGGGAGUACUGCUGCAAAAACUGGUGUCAGCAAAAAGCCUCACAGAGUUUACACACAUCUUUAUAGAUGAGGUGCACGAAAGAACGGAGGAGUUGGACUUUCUGUUACUGGUGAUCAGAAAACUCCUACAUUCCAACUCUCGAUAUGUGAAGGUGAUUCUGAUGUCUGCUACAAUAAACUGUGCAGAAUUUGCAGAAUAUUUCGGAACCCCAGUGCGUAAUCGGAUAAACCCAGCAUAUGUGUUUGAGGUGGAAGGUGCGCCGUACACGGUGGAGGAGUUUUACCUGGAUGAUAUCCAAAACACCCUGUGCUUGAAAGUGGACACCCCUCACCCUGAUGAGCCCAACAUUUCUGCAGACAUGUAUAAUGUUGCUGUCAGCCUCAUUCAGAGCUUUGAUGAGAUCGAGGCCAAAGAUCAAAGUCGUUCAGCUCAGGAUGUGAGUGCAUCUCUUCCAGAAAGAGGCAGUGUGUUGGUGUUUCUCCCUGGACUGGCUGAGAUUCAGUACAUGCAGGAGGCUCUCUCCAAACUCGUCCGCAAAAGGCUGCAGGUUUACCCACUGCAUUCCACUGUGACUCUAGAGGAACAGAAUGGAGUGUUUCUGGUUCCUGUGCCUGGAUAUAGGAAGAUCAUCCUGUCCACCAACAUUGCAGAGAGUUCAGUCACAGUGCCAGAUGUGAAAUAUGUGAUUGACUUUUGCCUGGCACGUCACCUUGUGUGUGAUAAAGAGACAAACUACCAGUCUCUCUGUCUGACCUGGGCGUCCAAAACCAACUGUAACCAGCGCAGAGGACGAGCUGGUCGAGUGUCUAAGGGCUUUUGUUAUCGCUUGGUGACACGAGAGUUUUGGAAUAAGGAAAUUCCGGAUUAUGCCGUGCCAGAGAUGCUGCGUUCUCCAUUGGCCAGUAUCGUGCUGAAGGUAAAGAUACUGAACAUGGGUGACCCUCGCACUCUGCUGUCCACCGCCCUGACCCCCCCGAACCUCACCGACAUCAAGAGGACCAUCCUGCAGCUCAAAGAGAUGGGAGCUCUGUCAGUGAGCAGCAGCAGUUUUGAUGGUGAUCUGACGUUUCUGGGGCGUGUUCUAGCUAACCUGCCGGUAGAUCUACACCUGGGGAAGCUGAUUGUACUGGGACACGUCUUCGGCUGUAUGGAGGAGUGCCUCAUCAUCGCCGCAUCUCUCUCGCUGAAGAGUUUCUUUGCGAUGCCGUCUCUGCAGCAGCUGGCUGGUUACCGGAGUAAGCUAGCCUUCGCUCAUGGUGUUCCCAGUGACUCCAUCGCCUUUGUCAAUGCCUUUAAGGCCUGGCACACAUCCAGAGCCAAAGGAGAGUUCAGGCAUCCAAAGGAUGAGCUGGAGUGGGGCAAAGAAAACUGCAUCCAGAUUAAACGAAUCAGAGAGGUGGCUGAGCUGCGUGAGGAUUUGACAAAGAGAGUGAAUCAAUUCAACAUGAACAUCACAGAGAGCUCCUCUCCAUUAGACUACACCAGCAUGCACAAACAGAGAUUCAUACUGCAGGUGGUGAUUGCAGGAGCAUUCUACCCAAACUACUUCAUCCAGGGGGCUUUAGAUGAGGAGCUGGCUUCUAAAGAACUGUCAGGAAAUGACCCCAGGACCACAGUACUGGUGCGAAAUCUGCCUCCUUUUGCAUUUCUCUACUACAAACAGCUGCAGUCUCUCUUCAGACAGUGUGGUCAGGUGAAGUCUAUCGCCUUCGAUGGCUCCAGGGCAUAUGUGGAGUUCUACCGCUCAUCUUUGAGGGGUUCUGGAGUUCUUCCAGAAGUGUCCCUGUCUCUGCUCCUCUCUCAGCAGAGGCUUCCUCUUCAGCUGCAGGUCCAUCCAGCAGAAGAGGUUGAGGCUCGGGCUAAGGGCAGGGCCCUUUCAUACCUCAAAUAUGCACGAGUGAAUGUGGAUUUUCAGAGCCAGACUGUGCACCCUGUUGGAGUCCUGAGCAGCAGCAUUGAGCCGGAAAAGCUGCCCCCUAAACAAGUCUUCAUCAUAAACAUCACAGAGGUGGUGGAGGUGGGUCACUUCUGGGGUUUCCAGGCAGAUGAGGCCAGCAUGGAGAAGCAGAGGCAGCUAACCACAGCGAUUAAUCAGCUGCGGCUCCGGCCUGUCCCCGUGUCUCUGUACCCCAACCUGCUGUGCCUCGCACCAUUCCGCGAUAUACACACUGAUACAGAACCCGAAAACUACUACAGAGCCAAAAUACUGCACAUACUGGGGACCAAUGUAGAGGUGUUUUUUCUGGACUAUGGGAACACCUCUCGUGUGCCUUGUGACCAUCUGAGAGAACUUCCUGCUGAUCUGUUGACUCCACCCUUUCAGGCACAGGAGUUUGUUGUGGCUCGUAUGGCUCCUUCGGCCCAGUCCAUGAUCCUGGGAGAUCAGUGGAGCAGUCAGGCCAGGAACCGCUUCAUUACGCUGGUCAGCGGACACUCGCUCAUCGUCUCCCUCUACUCCAUCCUGCACGGAGUCAUGCGCGUUGACCUUUACGUCUCCAUGGAAACGGGGGACGCCAGUGUGGCCGACUUGCUGGUGCAGGAGGGUCACGCCCGAUACACCGAGGAGAGCUUUGAGAGUCAGCAGUCACAUGAUGUGUUGGUGGGUCUGUAUCAGGACCUGAAAGAGGGCACCUUCACCCCAAGCUCUACUAGUAGUUCUUGGCAGAGCAGGAAGGACGAGGAGAAGCAGCUCAUUGAUGCUCUGCUGCUCUCCUUUUCCAAAAGCAGCCACAGCGCCCCCAAAUGCAGGGUCCCUGUGCACGGCCCCUCCAGCCCUCAUAAGGUUGCCUUCCACUGCAUGAGUGGGAUCACGAUGUGCAGGUCGGUUAGUAUAGAGCGGGACAGUAUAAACUCAGUGUUGGUGAAUGACCAUCCGCAGGACAGUCAUGAGAGAAUGCUGGUGGCUGCAUUCGUUUCACUCAGCUCAUCAGGUUCACGUAUACUACUGAAAGAAACAACGCUGAUGCCUCAUAUCCACGGCCUCCCUGCCCUCAUCACCAUGCUCUUCACCCCCAUCAUGGAGUUGCGUACUGACAAAGAGCGAACCUGCUUCACUGGAGCUCUGUGUGGUCUAGGAGCAAAAUCCAGCUCUGAGGAGGGCGUGCUGCUUGAGCACGACAUUGAGCUGGCUUUCGACGUCAAGUUUGACGUUGAGGAUAUUACAGAGAUAAAUGCACUGAGAGGGGUGAUGAACAAGUUGACAUGUGAAGGUCUGAAUGGUCUCCUGAACUUGGGUCAGGAGCGGAUCAGCUGUCUGCAGGACGAAGCUCGGGAACGGCUCAUCAGGCUCUUUUGUAAAUCUCCCUCGAGAGAGGAUCGCCCUGCAGAUUAUUACGACAAAGCAAAGAAAUGGAAUCAGGUUGACCCGUCCCAGCAGAUGGAGGUUGUCCAGAAGGAAAAGGACAGAGCUACUGGGCUCCUGUUUCAGCUGCAUCCUGUAACUCUGCUGAACAUGUGAGAGUCUGUGUUACUGUAGUUUCAUGUUUCAGCCCUGAUUAUGGUGUUAUUAAUCUAUUGGUUCUGUUUGGAUUGGAGAUUUGCAGUUAGAGACUAAUCAGAACAGAUUAGAUUUGUUUCUGUAUUGUUGCUUGUUUGAGUUGUGCUGUGGUGACAGCCUCUGCCACGAGAUGGCAGUGUUUAAGUUAUUUAAUAAAGGAUGUGUUUAUCUCUC